AUGAAGGUAGUGGUGCGUAUUGUGAACUACAUUCGUUCUCAUGGACUCACUCAUCGUCAAUUCAAAGAAUUUUUUUUUUCCUUUGAAGAGGAGUAUCCAGAUAUUCCCUAUCACGCUGAGGUGCGCUGGUUGAGCAAAGGGAAAGUGAUUUCCCGAAUUUUUCGACUACGCCACACUGUGGCUCAGUUUUUGGAGAGCAAAGGACGUCCGGAGCCACUUUUUCAUGACCCUGAAUGGGUAGCUGAUUUAGGAUUUUUAGCAGACAUUAUGGCUUUCCUAAAUGAUUUAAGUUUGAAACUCCAAAAAGAAAACAAUCUCAUCAACGAUAUGAUCAGCAAAAUAAACGCUUUCCAGUAUAAACUGAAGCUCCUCAAAAACAACCUUUCAGAGAAAAAUACGCAACACUUUCCUGAACUAGCAUCUGUGCAGGAAGGGGGGCGCUUUGAAAAAUACGUCGAGGUGCUACAAUCCCUUGAAAAUGCGUUUAACGACCGAUUCCAGGAAAUUAGCUACCUGCAGCCAAUUCUCGAUGUUUUUGUGAAACCUUUUUCGAUGGAUAUUGAAAGUGCGCCUUCAGAUUUACAUUUCAAACUAAUUGAUUUGCAAAGCGAUGUUCACCAAAAGGAUGUGUUUUACAAUACUAAAGGUUUGCUCCAAUUCUACCAGAAUUUGUCGAAGGAAGAAUUUCCCAAAAUUGCUGUCAGCCAAUCUCUUGUUCCAGAUCUUAGUAGCAUAAUUGCAAAUAAAAUAAAGAGCCCAUAG